AUGCCUUUCACUUCGAAAAAGAAAAACAAACUCAGAAAAUGUUGGGAUCGUGAAGAUGAUUUACAUGAUUACCUCAAAUACAAGAACACGCAAAAUAAAAAUCAAAACAAGUUCAACUACUUCAAAAACCUUCUUCACAAAUUUGUUAUCAAGCAUCCAAAACCCGACCCAGAACUUGUUCAGUUCACAGAGGGUUCAGCCAGCAUUGUACAAUCUCAUAUCCUUGGUCUUCAAGACCAAAAUAGAGACAACAAUGCUGAAGAAAAUCUCACAGAAGAUGAAGAAGAAGAAGAACAAAAUGGGUUUUUAUCCAACUAUUUCAAGCCUCAUGGAAAAUCUUAUGUACUAGACAUCGUUGAGGAUGGUGUUUUGGUGAAAUACGAGGAUGAGGUUAGGACUAGGAAACGGAAAUGUGCGGUAAAACGACCUGCUGCUAAAAAUGGUGGUAAAUCUAAAAGAGGGCGCAGAAGAAAGAAUGUGAAAGGUGCAUGCCUUGAAAAAGGUGAGCAAGAUGAUUCUCCAUCUUGCAUGGAAGUAACCGUGAAAGAUGAGAUUCAAGAUUAUGAUGUCGAGGAUGAUGAUGUUGAAGAAAUUGACAUGAUGCAUGUGGAUCAUGAAGUCAGAUCAAGGAAAGGUGCAGAGUUUAGAGAAAGACUAAUGAAUGAAGUGAAUAGGCCUUACUGUGAGGAAGAGUGCAACAGACUGUUGCAAGAGUUUAAUCUUCGAAAGCGGGUUCAAAAGCAAAAAAUUCUGCGUGGGGUUGAAAAAAUCUACGAGGGAGAUCAUGAUGGAAAGUCUUAUCAUGAUCAUAACCUUGAUCUUGCAAAGCAAAUAGAUGCAGCUGGUGAUAAUCUUCCCAAAGUUCUGCGUCUCCUGCGUGGCUUUUUCUUUUGGUUGACAAAUUUAACAGAUGAAGGGGCGUUCUUGCCAUGGAGAGCUCCAUUGGAUUUGGAUGUACUGCAACAACAUUAG